AUGCAGCACCGAUGCUUCCUCUUUAGAAGUUGUUUUCAAAUAGCUGCCUUUCCUGAUGUGGCACCACAUCUGUUUCAAUCCUGUUCAGGUGGGCGCAACCUACCCCGCUCUCUGCUGGGUUCUACAGCAGUUGGCGAAUCAGAAAGCAGCGUGUUCGCAGUACCCACCACGCUGCCACCCAACAGCUCACGGCACAACCGAAUGUUCUCCCCUAACAAAGAGGCAGAGCUAGCCUUCAGACAGCAGCUCGACUCGAUCAGUAUGCAGUCAGAUCUUUUCCUUUCUAGACAGAGAAAACCUCGGAACAGACAACUUCGCAAACCACUUGUAGUUCAGCGAACACUGCUGCCCAGAACUACAGGAGACACUCCUCAACACGUCUGCUCCUUCUCCAUCCUCUCCAACUCCUCUGCCACAGGAACUGGAUCUUUCCGGCCGAUCCAUCCCCGACUAGCUCCUUCCUCUCGCUCUGUCCAAACUAAAACGACCCCAGCAACAUCCAGCUCUGUGGGGGCCAGCCAGCUCUCUAGUAUGGACGUCUUCUGUUAUCUACUACAUUUUUCUGUUUUAUUGAAAUAUUGAUAAACUCUACACCAAAUAUACUGCAAAAAAAUUACAUAUUGUUGUUUUUAUGGGGUC